AGGCGAGAGGAUUCCUCCUGCGGAUGCCCAAGAUCUGCUGUUUCUCCUUCACCCUCUUUCCUUUCCUCCCUUCUCUUGUGUAGGCAGCGGCGGAGGUGGUGGGGAAAGCGGAUUCCUCACUGGAGAGAGAGAGAGUAAUUUUUGCUGUCAGGAUUUGCCUUCCUAAAGACUCCAAGUCCGGCCGGAUCUACGAGGGCUCCGGUCUCCUGGGGGAAAUUUUACAAUCAAACUGGGAUCUAUGAGUGGAAAGGUGAUCAAGACCAAAGAAGAGAAAGAUGCUUCAAAGGUUCUGGAUGACGCUCCCCCUGGCACACAGGAGUACAUUAUGUUACGGCAAGAUUCCAUCCAAUCAGCGGAAUUAAAGAAAAAAGAGUCCCCUUUUCGUGCAAAGUGUCACGAAAUCUUCUGCUGCCCUCUGAAGCAAGUGCACCACAAAGAGAACACAGAGCCGGAAGAGCCUCAGCUUAAGGGUAUAGUAACAAAACUAUACAGCAGGCAAGGAUUCAACUUGCAGCUCCAAGCAGAUGGAACAAUUGAUGGCACAAAAGAGGAAGACAGUACGUACGCUUUGUUUAACCUCAUUCCCGUGGGUCUACGUGUGGUGGCCAUUCAAGGGGUUCAAACAAAAUUAUAUUUGGCCAUGAACGGUGAAGGAUACCUGUACACAUCAGAACAUUUUACACCCGAAUGCAAGUUCAAAGAAUCAGUUUUUGAAAAUUACUAUGUGACAUAUUCUUCAAUGAUAUACAGACAGCAGCAAUCAGGCAGGGGUUGGUAUUUGGGCCUCAACAAAGAAGGCGAAAUCAUGAAAGGAAAUCAUGUGAAGAAAAACAAACCUGCAGCACACUUUCUUCCAAAGCCAUUAAAAGUGGCUAUGUACAAAGAACCCUCCCUACAUGAUCUCACAGAGUUUUCACGGUCUGGAAGUGGGACCCCGACAAAAAGCAGAAGUGUUUCGGGAGUGUUGAACGGCGGGAAAUCCAUGAGUCAGAACGAAUCAACGUAGCCAGGUGAAGGCAAGUCAAGUGCUCUGUAAUGGAACCUUACCUCCGGAUGCAGUCGAAUUCUUAAUAGCAGCAGUCUUUCAUCCAAAUGUUCAAUUUUUCAGGACAAGCCACUGAACUUGCAUAGGUCACUCUCUUAUAUCAGCCAUUAGAUCUUCUGGUUAUCGAUGGAUAUACCCCAAUAAUGUAAAAUAUGCUUGUGCAUAUCACAAGGCACCUGGAUAGCCAGCAAAACCUAACUGCGGAAAAAAAAAUCCCGGAGGAGGAAUGUUCAGCUCUCUAUCUUGCCUAUGCUUUGUGGGAAACAAAACAGGAACAUUUCACAGCACUCACUGCUGAUAAGAAUUUGCUUUCCAACCAAGAAAAUCAAAAGACCACUUUUGCUCUUCAAAGGAAAUUUUAAGGCUUAUAUGUUUUAUAGGGGCAAACAAAUACAACAAAUAAUGUAAAAUCUGUUGUUUUCUUGGCUUACUGUUUUAUAUCUAAGCUUGAUAAAAAUGUAUUCUUUAAUUUGGAAUAGUGCAACUUUUUGAUUUCUGAACUCCAAUGGGUCUUUAAAGCUCUGACUUUAAAAUGAAAUAAAAGAAAUUCAGGGUUGGAACUGAGUUGGCAUCUCAGGCUCAAGUUAACAGUGUUCUUGUGAUUUUAACACACUGAAAUAUCAAUUUUUAUAGAUUUGUAGUAUCCCGAUAAAGGUCUUGUGCUGAACCCAGUAUGUAGGAAUUGAGUUGUUUUGUCAACCCAAGUCAGUGGAAGAUAACAAUAUGGAUAUGUUUAUCCUCCAACGUAGAUUUCUCUUAGUUCCAUUUUAUGUAUCAUGUUAGACUAUUGUUGUGGCUUUUUUUUCUAAAGACAGAGACUGUGGAAUUAAGGUGAUGUCAGUUUUUUAUAAGAAAUGUCUUAUUUGUAUAGUCCUUUCACUGUACUGGGCACGUGAUUAUUGUGUACAAGGAAAUGUUAGGACAGGUUUCCCCUAAACAACAUAUACUUAAACAUGCUAUUGGAAAAUUGUUUAAAAUUGAGUUAGGUUUCCAUUUAGGUCAUCAUAUCUGUUGCAUGGGAGAAAGUUGGGAUCUUGGCAUAGAGUUGCAUGAUGUGUAAGAUUUUGUGCAUUAAUCAUUGUUGAAUUCUGUGCUCCAAAACUGACAUAGCAUGUACAGGCAGUUUUCUGUCUUGUACCAAAAUUGUUUAUUAUUUGUUGUAUACACAACCAUGCACUGAAUAAACUAUUUAUAUUAAGAUGGA